GUGAUGGUGAAUAACGUGCGGUUGACUCUAAUUCCUUCAGCAAAAAAUUAGCGUUCCAGAAUAAGAGAAGGUUUGCUGUGUGCCUUUAGAUGAAACUGGCCAUUCAUGGACGGGAAUCAGCUGAUCCAGUGUAAACAACACGGAUGUCGGUCUGCGAAUUUACCUUUCCAAUGAUAAACACGAUGCCGGCCCAGAGGCUCGUCUUCAUGGUCCUCUCAGGGCUCAUUUUUGUGGUUCUGGUGGUUCUCUGUCUGCUCCUGACGAAGGGAUCUCGGGGGGCGCCUCAUCCAGCUCGGGAGAAUGCUGCCGAUUUUAUCAUUGACGAAGUUAACCCCGAGAACAUCAUGUAUUAUCUGAGACACUUGACCUCCCGACCGCACCCGGGGGGCACCAAGGCCGAGGAGGAGAACGCUCGGUGGGUCGCUGACACCUGGAGGACCAUGGGACUCGACGAGGUCCAUCUUGUGCCCUUUGACGUCCUCCUCUCCUACCCGAAGAAUGACACUCCUAAUCUGGUCCGAGUGCUGAACGAGGAGGGCGAGGCGGUGUGGACCUCCCACGGGUGGCAGGAGCCCCUCUACUCCCCCGAGGAAUCUUCGCCUGAAGUUUUGCCCAAUUUUAAUGCAUAUUCCGCCCCUGGGAACAUUAUGGGGGACGUCGUGUAUGCUUACUUCGGACGCGAGAAAGACUUCGAGCAGUUGGAGGACCUGGGUGUGUCUGUGGAGGGAAAGGUCGUGUUGGCUCGUUACGGCGAGGUCUUCAGAGCAAACAUAGCAUGGGCGGCGGAGAGGCGGGGCGCAGCGGGUGUCAUCCUAUACACGGACCCCCAGCAGUAUGCGCCCAUGGGAGAGGACGCAGUGUAUCCCAAGACUGUUUACAUGCCGGGCUCUGGGGUACAGGUUGGCACUGUGCUUCUGACAGAUGGCGACCCCCUGACGCCGUUCUACCCAGCUGUUGCGAGCGCUUACCGGCUGCCCGAGAGGAAUUCGAGCGUGCCCAAGAUCCCUGUCCAGCCAGUCAGCUACGACGACGCCAGGGAGAUCCUCAGACACAUGGGCGGCCCGGAAGCCCCCGCAGAGUGGCGCGGAGGCCUCAACGUCACGUACCGCCUGGGCCCGGGGAUGGCACAGGCCGGGUGGACGCUCAACCUCGAAGUCCACACUCACAACGCCCGCGCGACCACUUAUGACGUUGUGGGCGUGAUUCGUGGAAGCGAAGAACCAGACAGAUACGUGAUAUUGGGAAACCACCGAGAUGCGUGGGUGUUCGGCGGCGUCGACCCGUCCUCGGGCACGGCGGCCCUGCUGGAAGUGACCCGCGUCCUGACCUCGCUCAGGAACCAGACAGGCUGGAGACCGCGACGCUCGGUGGUGGUGUGUUCGUGGGGCUCGGAGGAGUACGGCCUGGUCGGCUCCAAGGAAUGGACGGAGCAGUUCGGCAAACAGCUGAUGGACAGGACCGUCGCCUACAUUAACGUCGACUUGUCUAUAGAAGGUAACUACUCCCUGCGGACGCUCUCGGCACCAUUGCUGUAUGAUACGGUCUUCGAAGCAGCGGCCAAGGUGCCCAACCCCGACGCAGCCGAGGUGGCGGCGGGGCGGCCGACGGUGUACGACACGUGGGCGGAGCGGCUGCCCGACGAAGGGCAUCCCGGCCGACCCAGGGUUGGGAUCGCAGGGUCAGGGAGCGACUACAGGGCCUUCAUGCACAACCUGGGCGUCCCCGUGCUCGACAUCUGCUACACGUACGACCCUAAAGUGAACGUGGAGCCUCUCUACCACACACUUUACGAGACGUUCGCGCUCGUGGGUGAGCUGUACGACGCCGGCUUCAGUUUCCAGGCCGCCCUCACGAGGCUGUGGGCGAUCAUGGCCGUCGAUCUCGCUGAUACACAGGUCCUCAAGUUUUCUCUGAAGGAAUACAGCAGCUUCUUGGCAGACGCUCAGGAGGAGUUCUUGCAAGAGUAUGGCGAUCUCAUAUCCUCCAGGAAUAUCUCGAUGGCGAGCGCUUACCGGCUGCCCGAGAGGAAUUCGAGCGUGCCCAAGAUCCCUGUCCAGCCAGUCAGCUACGACGACGCCAGGGAGAUCCUCAGACACAUGGGCGGCCCGGAAGCCCCCGCAGAGUGGCGCGGAGGCCUCAACGUCACGUACCGCCUGGGCCCGGGGAUGGCACAGGCCGGGUGGACGCUCAACCUCGAAGUCCACACUCACAACGCCCGCGCGACCACUUAUGACGUUGUGGGCGUGAUUCGUGGAAGCGAAGAACCAGACAGAUACGUGAUAUUGGGAAACCACCGAGAUGCGUGGGUGUUCGGCGGCGUCGACCCGUCCUCGGGCACGGCGGCCCUGCUGGAAGUGACCCGCGUCCUGACCUCGCUCAGGAACCAGACAGGCUGGAGACCGCGACGCUCGGUGGUGGUGUGUUCGUGGGGCUCGGAGGAGUACGGCCUGGUCGGCUCCAAGGAAUGGACGGAGCAGUUCGGCAAACAGCUGAUGGACAGGACCGUCGCCUACAUUAACGUCGACUUGUCUAUAGAAGGUAACUACUCCCUGCGGACGCUCUCGGCACCAUUGCUGUAUGAUACGGUCUUCGAAGCAGCGGCCAAGGUGCCCAACCCCGACGCAGCCGAGGUGGCGGCGGGGCGGCCGACGGUCUACGACACGUGGGCGGAGCGGCUGCCCGACGAAGGGCAUCCCGGCCGACCCAGGGUUGGGAUCGCAGGGUCAGGGAGCGACUACAGGGCCUUCAUGCACAACCUGGGCGUCCCCGUGCUCGACAUCUGCUACACGUACGACCCUAAAGUGAACGUGGAGCCUCUCUACCACACACUUUACGAGACGUUCGCGCUCGUGGGUGAGCUGUACGACGCCGGCUUCAGUUUCCAGGCCGCCCUCACGAGGCUGUGGGCGAUCAUGGCCGUUGAUCUCGCUGAUACACAGGUCCUCAAGUUUUCUCUGAAGGAAUACAGCAGCUUCUUGGCAGACGCUCAGGAGGAGUUCUUGCAAGAGUAUGGCGAUCUCAUAUCCUCCAGGAAUAUCUCGAUGGCGUACUUCAAGAAAGUAGUAGAAGAGUUUUCCGAAGCAAUAUACAUGUUUAUCGAUGACCUUAGUCAUCUUGACACCAGCAACGUGUUAGCGGUUCGGAGAGUUAAUGAUCAGCUGAUGAUGGUGGAACGGGCAUUCAUCGACCCUCGAGGUCUUCCAGGCAGACCCGACUACAACCAUGUGGUGAUGGCGCCAAGCAUCAGCGACAGUUACUCGGGCACAGCAUUCUCCGGGCUAAGCGACGCCCUCGAUGGUAUCCAAGACUUGGACCCGGUGCAGCAGGAGGAGCGCUGGGCCACCUUCGCUCAGCACUUGGCCGCUGUCACUCACUACAUCAGCACGGCCGCGAAAGUCCUCUCCGACGACCUGUGGUAGCGAUGCAGCCGUACGAGAGUGCAUGGCUUGGCUUGUUCGCCCCGAUCUCCGGCCGUGUCUUGAAUAUUUUAAGAGUUUUGGGCUCAUAUGGGUAUAUUUUUUCGGGUGUGCAACCGGUUGUAUUAAAGAUAUAUUUUUAUACAUCUUAUUGGCCUUUUAUUAUUUCUAAUCAUAUAUAUUCAUCUCUCUAUCUGUUUAUGUUGUGGGAAUUUACACUUAGUCUGGUGCCUUAAUGGUUCAGGCAUGAGAUACUCAAUACCUUUCUGCCUUUACUUUACUAGAUUACAUUCAUAGCUCAAUCUGCACAUCUAGGUCUGCAGUCUACUGUAGGUAGAGAAUGUGUGACCACAUUCAGUGUUGUUAUAUGGAAGGAAACUGUAAGUCCUCUCUUUUCUGUGAAAUGAUGACAGUUUAUUUAAUGAAGAUAAUGACAAGGUAACUACAAUAUGUAAUCAGUCCAGUCUGCAGAAAAAAAAAACAGUUCUGUAAAAGCACUCUUACGUAAUGUUAAAUAAACUCCUAUCUUAUCUA